UUCAGAGCAUUGCAAGCAACCAAAUCACUCGGUUCUUUUCUUACGAAUAUUGGUAAAAUGUGUAAAUCGCUGUUUUAAAAACUUAAUUUAAGUGCUGCUCCGACCACCUGUCCGUGUUCGCAUCGAAAUUCGUGUCGCUUUGCUCUGAUCGUGCGGUUCUUGCUGAUUAUCAACAAAUGCCAAAAUUUCGUCAAGGCGAAUAAAAAUUUUACAUAUACACACAUAUAUCUCUGUGCAUGUGUGUGUGCCGGCGUGUAUGUGUGAAGAUCACUCAGUGUGUGUGUGCGUUUGUUUGGUGCCAGUAAAUCAAAAUCCCCAAAAAGUGCCUAAUCACCAAAAAUAUCAGCAAGUCGGCACCCCUUAAUUAUAAAGAAAUCCAGCUACAUGUCACUAUCACCUCAACUGAAGCGACAGAAAAUGUCCCAGGGAAAAAAGUUCGGCGACGGAGAUCCAUUUAAUUACCAGGAGCUGAACAUCAUCGGCACAGGAGCUUAUGGAACUGUUUAUAGAGCCAGAGAUUUGAUCACCGGAAACAUUGUGGCCCUGAAGAAGGUGAGGAUCUCGCUGAACGAAAAUGGAGUGCCAAUGUCCACACUGCGGGAGAUUUCCCUACUAAAGCAACUGAAUGCCAGCAAUCAUGCAAAUAUUGUUAAACUGUUCGAAGUAUGCCAGUUUCUGGAGCGCGAUGGACAACUGUUGAUUCUCCUGGUUUUCGAGCACUUGGAACAGGAUUUAUCGGAUCUUAUAGAUAGACUGCCGAAAACGGGAAUGUCUCCACCUACAAUUCAGCGCCUCUCGAGAGAACUUCUAACUGGCGUGGACUUUCUGCACUCACAUCGUAUUAUCCACAGGGAUCUGAAGCCCCAGAACCUGCUGGUGUCAUCGCAGGGCCACCUGAAAAUUGCUGACUUUGGCCUGGCCAAAACCUACGGAUCCGAGAUGAAGCUCACUUCAGUGGUGGUCACUUUGUGGUAUCGGGCUCCCGAAGUUCUGCUCGCCCAGCCUUAUAAUAGCACCGUGGAUAUCUGGAGUGCCGCCUGCAUUAUCUUUGAGAUGUUCAACCGCAGGGCCCUGUUUCCCGGAACCUCGGAGAAGAAUCAGCUGGACCGCAUCUUCGAGCUCACUGGUCGACCCACUGAACAGCAAUGGCCCCAGACUAUUUCGGUGGCCCUGGAACACUUUCCCCAGCGGCAUCCAAAGAGACCGAGAGACUUUUGCCCCCAUUUGUCCAAGUAUGCUGAUGAUCUAUUGAAUCAAAUGUUAUCCUACGACCUCCGACUGCGUCCUUCCGCCUUGGCUUGUCUGGAGCACGAGUACUUCCAGCAGGAGCCGCUGAUGCCCUAAUCACAUGUCCCAGAAAAGAUAAUGGAGGCGACUGAUCGUAACGGUUUCGCUUCGUUCUUGUUACAAUGUUCCUUUAAGUGUAGUGAAGCAUUUUGUUUAUUUUUUCGUGUCAGUCCAGUUAUUGUGUCCGGAUCCGGAUCCGGAAUGAAGAAUACCUUAAUAUGUUUGUAGUCGUAAGCUAAGUGUAAAGAAAACAUUGUCGCGUCGUAUAAAUAUUACUGCCGAUUAACUGAUAACCGCUUAAUUUGAAACGAUUCUCGAGGACGUUUGAAAGUCCUCCAAGUCGAAAUGUGAUACACAAAGUUCAGGAAUGCAUUAUACAAUUUCAAAAUUUUGUACAACAACAACAAUUUAUAUAUGCAAUUAUACAUACAGCAUAAACUUA